GGGGCGGCCCGCGGCCGCGCUGACGGUGCCGCUCCCUGUGUGGCAGAUGACGGGCCUGGACGUGGAGAAGGACCAGAUCCUGGAGAUGGCCUGUCUCAUCACCGACUCCGACCUCAACGUCCUGGCAGAGGGUCCCAACCUGAUCAUUAAUCAGCCCGACGAGCUGCUGGAGAGCAUGUCCGAGUGGUGCAAGGAGCACCACGGGAAGUCUGGCCUUACUAAGGCUGUGAAGGAGAGUAAAAUUUCCUUGCAGCAGGCGGAGUAUGAGUUUCUGUCCUUCGUGCGCCAACAGACACCGCCGGGGCUCUGUCCUCUCGCAGGUAACUCUGUUCACGCAGAUAAGAAAUUUCUUGACAAAUACAUGCCUCAGUUCAUGAGGCAUCUUCAUUACAGGAUCAUUGAUGUGAGCACCGUCAAAGAGCUCUGCAGACGCUGGUAUCCAGAAGAAUACGAGUUUGCACCAAAGAAGGCGGCUUCUCACAGAGCACUCGAUGACAUCAGGGAAAGCAUCAAAGAACUUCAGUUCUACAGAGAUAGCAUCUUCAAGAGGAAAACGGAUGAAAAGAAAAGGAAACUAAUAGAGAACGGGGAGAGCGAUAAAACUGCCAGCUGAUUCCUCCCCGUGCCCUGCCAGCCCACGGCACGUACCCGAUGCGUCUCCAGGUUCUUUUCCGUUUGCCAGUCUCCCGAGAAGCUGCAGCCCUCAGUUACCUCCUUUCUUAACAGCCGUUAGAGCGCAGAAGGAAGCCCGAGUUCCUGCUUCUGUUCUGUGCCAGCCAGGAACCCACACACUCGAGCCUCGGCAGCGCCUUCGUACCUUCUAGGUAAACCCCGCAGUUUGAUACUCCUCUUCCUCUGGUUUUAGACGCCAUCUUUCACUACACAAUAAACACAGUUCUGUUGAAAAA